ACAUGUACUAAGAUUUAAGAGCCACAAUAUCAAGAUAACUGCAACGACAAUGAUUACCCAUGUAUAAUAAAUAUCAAGCACUGGACAUUUCAUCAAUCUCAAUGCAACCCAAUCAUCAGAUUUCAUUGGGAAACUCAAAUCUCAAUCCAUUUUCAAAUUCCAACUACCCAAUCUUUCCCUAUAAAAACCCAGCAACCAAACAUAGAUUUCCCAUCACCAACAAUAUCUAGCACUGUCUCUAAAAGCAACACAAGCCUCCAACAGCUAGCUUUAUUGAAUAUAGUUACUGUGAUUCCUAACCAUGAAGAACAUCUUCGUUUCUGUGCUCUUUCUCCUCUCCUUUCUCUUCUGCCUUGCCAAUGUUAACGAUGCAGCAGUUCCAUGCAGCACCGUCGACAUGAAAGCAGCAGCUUGUGUUGGAUUCGCCACUGGCAAAGACCCAGAGCCCUCAAAAGCAUGCUGCAGUGGCCUGCAACAGCUUGCAUCAACUGUUAAAACAGUUGAUGACAAGAAGGCUAUUUGCAGGUGCUUGAAGGCUAGUUCCAAGUCUUUGGGAAUAAAAGAUCAGUUCUUGAGCAAAAUUCCUGAUGCUUGCCACAUCAAAGUUGGCUUCCCCGUCUCCACCGCCACCAACUGUGAAACGAUUCACUAGAUUGCAAUGGAGCUAAGUUGAGGCAGUUAUCAUUGUUGUAGUGUCAUGGAGAGAAAAGUAGAAACAGGAAGAAGUUGAAUAAAAUAGUCUAGGGCAAUGUAUCUGGUCCCUUUGAGACCCUACUUUGGCCUUAAUAACAAAUGUUGGCUUUUCUAAGAUCA